AUCACCUCCAAGUGCCUAGCUGGGAGACAGUUCCCAGAAGAGGACUCACUGGCCCUCUCUUUUUCUUCCUUUCUUUCUUCCUUUCUUUCUCUCCUCCUUUUUCUUUCUUUUUCUUCCCUUCACACACAGGCUAGGGAUCCAAGAAGACCAACUUUUCUGCCUCUGCUGAUGCUUUUCAUCCUCAAAGGAGGGGAGGGGGUUUCACAGGAUAAGAAGGAUUCUCUACAAAUGUGCAUAACAGUGCACAGUUUUGAGUUAGGCCCCUGCUAGCUACCCCAAGAAAGGAAUCACAUGCUUUUCCUUUCAAGCUAUUACCAUCUUCAUCCUUCUGCAGGAGCUCUGGACAGCCACCUUGGCCACGGCUCUCCUCUGUCCUCUUUGGAUAAAGGGACAAGCCAUCUUUCUAAAUUCCAGUCCUCUCUGAUCCUUCCUGCUUUCCCUCCCAAACAGCUGGUGCUGUCAACAUCUGUUAGGGGUAUUAGUGGAAGACAACAGGCUUCAGCCCUGCAUAAAGCCUGUAUAGUGACAGGAGGAAAGAAACCCAGCGCAGUUCGAUCCUGACCUAGGCACAGGCCCUUACUGGAAUAACUUUAGGAUUCAAGCUUCACAGGGGAGACUGUGCAUCAAGAAGAAAGGAAACCAGAAGUGAGGAAUCAGCAAGAUUCUCAUCCUAGCUGCCUGGAGGCCAGUAUUCAGAUGAAGAUAUAGAACUCUCAGCUCCUGCACCGUGCCUGCCUGGAUGCUGCCAUGUCCCCGCCUUGAUAAUAACGGACUGCACAUCUGAAGCUAUAUAACCAGGUUGCCCAGCUGGAAGAGAGGAUAUCCGGCUAGUGUGGAAUCCAGCAGUGAUAUGUCUUCCUUUUCUGAAGGUGAGAACAAGGAGACAGAGAGAUGUUGCUGGAAACACCAGCAGUGUCCUGUGCAUAUCAUCCACUCCUUCUCGGACUGUGGCCAUCACAACAGAUGUAUGCAUGCUGUCAGCCACUGCAACUGUGAAUCUAGGUGCCAAAGCUACAGGCCCAUCUCCGUGGCAAUAUUUCACCAUCCCACCCACCAUAUGUAUAUGACAGAUGACCUAAAUGAUUUAGAAGCGAACCAGCUCGCCAUCACAAAUAACUUAUGUUCCACUGACAGACCUACUGACCCAAACUCAGUUGAGUCAACAACUGGGGCUCCUGACUUAUCAGCGCCCAUCACCAUCUGGCGUUCUGCAAGCCCCAUAGACAAGUGUCAGGAAGGCAAGGUCAUCAAGAAUAUAAAGAAGAAAAAGAAAGAGAAAGACAAGGAGGAGAUGAUGGUGGAUGAAAAGCCAAAGUUGAAGAAAAAAGCCAAGGGCAAGUUAAUUAAGAAGAAAAGCCCAAUGAAGUCAGAGUCUUCCCCUGCAGACUUGAGCCAUUCAAUAAGCCCAAGAGAACUAGUGAGGACAUCAGAGUCUAGCCCAGACAGCCGGGAAGGGCUGGAGAGUGAGGACAGUUAUGAACGGGGUAAAGAAAGGCCCUCCAGUGAAGAUAUUGUAGAGUCAUCACCCAAAAAGAAAGAGAAGUGCUCUGCCCAGGCCAAAAAGAAUGCGACAAAGAACUUACAAACCCGGAAAACGAGCAAGAGAAAAUCUCCCCCAGUGCCCAACCCCAAUCUCAGUUGAGGCUAGGGCAUCCAGAGUGAAUAAAUCAAGCCUGUAACUGACCCCUACUGCUAUUCUCUCUCCCUCCAACAGGGCCUCUUCUUGUGGGAGGUGGCUGGCUCUGGGCCUACUAGAGCCAAGGGGUCAGGGGCUACAAGGAUUCUCUAAGGGAGAUCCCGCUUUCAAGGAGGAAGUAUAUGUCUAUGGGAAGUUAAGUAGGAAGGAGAGAGAACACCUCUUAGACCAGGUGGAAGAAUCCAUCUGGGGAGUGGGUGGGAGGUGGGGAAAAAAGUGUUGUCAAAUCCAUUCUGUGGUGGGCAGCACUAUGCAAUGCUACCUUCAAUAAACUGAACCUGCCACUUA